CGUCGCGCGAUCAUCGUCCUGUGCCCCGUGUCGUGCUGUAUUUGCUGUCGCGGGUUACAUACAUGUACGCACAGUUGUUUCGGGGCCCCCCCAACCCCACCCCUGACAGAAAAGCAUCUGUGUGCGUGUCUGUGUGUGCGUGUGGCGCGAAAUGUUCAAUUAUUUUUGUUUCGUUGUUGUUCUAAUCUAGACGUCUGGUAAAACAACAUCAGCCUCCCACACUGCUGUCCUCCCCCCUAAAAGUGCUACGAUGUUGGUGUUAUUUUUAUAAUAGUUAACUGCUGCUACUGCUGUUGUUGUUAUUGUUAUGCAUUGUUGUUAUGGUUGUUGUUGUUGUUAUACUGUGUCAACGACGACGACGGGUGCGCAAUCUCACAAAGAUGCGACCAUACAGCGAGAGUAGUACAGCGAGAUCCGAGCGGCGAUGACUUGAAUGAAAAAAAGUGAUAAAAGUGCUCGCGAAUGAUUAUAAUAAUAAUAACAAGUCGUUAGAAAUUGUGCGACGGCAACCGAGUCGUAGCGAGAAAAAAAGAGGCAAUACGAGGAGGAGCUCUCGUGCGCACCGGAUUUACAUUAAAGCAACGAACAGCAAAAGCCAAGAGCCGAAUCGGAAGAAGAGGAAGAAGCCGCAUAGCGAAUCGCUGCAUAGGAGGACAAUCGCGAUCACAGGCACAAUCAUUCAAGAUUACGCGAAAGAGCUACGCGGUGGGUGCACUGGCACGAGGCCCGGAGGACAUGCAGCGAGCUAGUAGCGGUGGCCAGGUUGCUGCUGCUACUACAGCCUCUGCUGCCAUAAGCGUGGGUGUCACGGGUGGAGUUGCCGCCGCCACCGGUGCCGGUGGUGGUGUCGGUGGUGCUGCUGCUGCCAUUGCCGCUACGGCCGCCGCGCUCAUGGGUCCCGUGACGCAGCAUCCGUCGCAGAUGCAGGGCUUGGGCCCGCUCCAGGGGCCGCCGAGGUCCUGCAAAAUUUCGCCCAUCAAGAACGCCGACGAGGCGGCCGAUCACGUCAUGCAGAAAGUUUCGAACUCUCUGUGCGUCGGCUGUGGUGGCCACAUACACGAUCAAUACAUACUGAUGGUGUCGCCGGAUCUCAAGUGGCACGCGGCCUGCCUCAAAUGCGCCGCCUGUCAGCAGUUCCUCGACGAGAGCUGUACCUGCUUCGUGCGCGACGGCAAGACCUACUGCAAAAAUGAUUACGUCAGGCUAUUCGGCACCAAGUGCGAGAAAUGCCGGCAGUCCUUCAAGAAGAACGACUUCGUGAUGCGCGCCGCGACCAAGAUCUACCACAUGGGCUGCUUCUGCUGCGUGGCGUGCGGCCGACCGCUGACCACGGGCGACGAGUACGCGCUGCGAGCCAACGGCCUGUACUGCCGCGACGACCACUGCACCCUGGCCGGCGACAAGAGCGGCUGCCAGGAGCCGAUUCUGGCCUCGGGCGGCGCCGCGGCGCCCCAUCAUCAUCACGGUCAUCAUCAUCACGGCCAUCAUCAUCACCAUCAUCACGGUGGCGGCGGCGGGCCGCUCGGCAUCAGCAACGAGAACAACAACAACGCCAAUCUCACCAACAACAAUCAUCAUCUGCACCAGAACGACGCGUCGCUCUCCGAUUCCGAAUCCGAGUCGGGCUCGCACAAGACCGUCGGCGGCGGCGGUGGCGGAGGCGGAGGCAACAGCGGAGGAGGAGGAGGCGGCGGCGGCGGCGGAGGAGGACGAGGCGGCAGCCACAAGGGCAGCGGCGCCGGGGCCGGCUCCGACGGCAAGCCCACCCGGGUGCGCACCGUCCUGAACGAGAAGCAGCUGCACACGCUGCGCAGCUGCUACUCGGCGAAUCCGCGACCCGACGCCCUCAUGAAGGAGCAACUGGUCGAGAUGACGGGCCUCAGUCCGCGAGUGAUUCGCGUCUGGUUCCAGAACAAGCGAUGCAAGGACAAGAAGAAGACGAUCGCCCUCAAGCAGCAGAUGCAGCAGGAGAAGGACGGCAAGAGGCUGGGCUUCGGCGGCAUGCACGGCAUACCCAUGGUGGCGAGCAGCCCGGUGCGCCACGAGAGCCCGAUCGGUAUGCCGCUCGAGGUGCAGGCCUACCAGCCGCCCUGGAAGGCCCUGUCGGACUUUGCCCUGCACACGGAUCUCGAGCGGCUGGACCCGAACGCGCCGCCCUUUCACCACUUGGUCUCGCAGAUGCACGGCUACGACCUGCACGGCGGAGGUGGCGGCCCGGCACAGCUACCACCGCCCGGCAUGUGCGGCGGCGGUGGUCCGAUGGGUGGUGGCGACGUAGGCGGUCCCUUGGGUCCACCCGUGCCCCAGAUGCAUCAGAACGGGCCCGGGCCCGACAUGGGCCAGCACCCGGACAGCACCGACAGCUACGUGACCUAUCUCGAGAGCGACAGCGACUCGCUGCAGCACGACAACGGCAGUCCGUAGUUCGAGCACAUGUUCGACAUCGAGUGAAGAGACGCGGGAGAAGGAUGUCGUUCCAAGCCCCGAUUAUAGCUCUCUCUCUCUCUCUCUCUACACGUGUUCUUUGACAUUUGUAUCGCGUAAAAUUGUCGCGACGAAGAGUGAAUUGAAUCAAAGACGAAAAAGAAAAAAAAGUCGCGUGUGCCGAUCGUCGUGAAUGUCAAAGAACAAACUGCAGUUAUUGUUUCAAUUUUAUAUAUAAAUUUAUAUAUACAUAAAUGAAAAAAAAAGUGAGUCGAACGAUGUGCAGUUUUUAAAGGAAACCUUGCUAGUCGAUAGAUUGUGAAGCGAUGAAAAAAAAAAGAAUAUGUUUGUGUUUCUUCUUUGCGACAAGCUUCGUUUUGAAUUCGUGAACAAUUUUAAUAUCGAGCAGGAAAAUUGACACGGUGUUUUUCUCAAAGAGAAAGCCGAACAGAUCGAUUAUUCUUGUCUCGCGUGCGAGUUGUUAUAACUUUUUCAAGAAAUUCAAAACUUGAGUUUGACGCUGAAUGAGUGAUUGUAUACAUCUUUUUUUUUUAAUAAGUUAGGACGCGACCCGCCAUCGCUAUUGUUAUUUAGUUUAAAUCAUUGUAAGCUUUAAAAGAUUUAUUUUUUAUUAACCAUUGUAAAUAAUCAUUUGAUACAGAAAACAAUUUUAAUGAUAAAAUAAUUGUGAAAACGAGUGUGCGCAUGUUGUGUUUAUGUUGUGUAUAUAUUAUAAGAUAAAGACAAAUCGGAUACUAUAUAGGAAGAAGAUGAAAAAAAAAUGAAAAAAAUCGAUUAGCUUUACAGUUUGAAUAAAAAUGAAAAUGUACGGAGAGAAAAACUGAGAUGAAUAGUUGGAUAGUUUGUAAUAAAAAAAAGGGAUAUUUCUUCUUUUUUUCGUUACGUCGCGUCGUAUCAUAUUGCGCAUUGAAAUAUUUACAGUGUUCACGCUGAAAUUUCGCCCGUUAACCCCCUGUGUACGAUAUAUAAUUACCAAACACAAAUUGGAAUAAGACGAAAAAAAAAUAAGUGUGGGUCGCAACGAUUGGCGAAAAAUCGAGUGAACGUGUAAAAAAAAUUGAAUGCGACUUGAUACGAUAAUACCAAAGGGAGUAGCGAAAGUAAUAAAUUAAUUACGAAAAAAUUAUUGUAAAUAUAUAAAAUAUAUUAUACAGACAAAAAACGAGCUGCAAUUGCGAUAAUUAUUAAGUAAAUAAGAAUUAUCAUCGACGACGCAAACAUGGAGAAACGAAAAAAUUAAAUCGAACGACAAAAAAAAUAAUGAUUUGUAACAUAUAACGAAAGCUACAUGUAUAGUCUUGAUAUUCGUGCGUCCGUUGGCAGGCAAACUGCCAAUCAUACACAAUUGGCAUUAAGGAGCUUGACGCGCACUGUCGUUUUUAGAUUUUAAAUUUAUCCAUCAUUUUGUGGCCGAAUUCAAUCUCCGAUCGACUGUCGAAAAGAAAGAAGGGUCGACGACAGAUGAAUUCGGAAUUUGUAUAAUAUUUCUAUAAAAAAGUAUAGGAUUAAAAAAAAU